CAAGAAUGGCUUAAAAUGGUGUAAAUAAAUUUGACCACCAUUCAUUUUUAUACGAUUAUACUGGUCUAUUAUUCUAUUCUUCAAAUAACCGGAUUAUUGCUUAUGGAUUGUGAUUGCAAGCAAAUCUAUUUGAAUUUUUUAAUAGUGGUGAUCUUCAUGACAAUCGUUACAAAAAUUGUAUUGGCUAAUGAUAAAUCAAUUAUUGUGCGUGGUAAUUAUGCCACCGAAUGGCAUUCUAUACGAUAUCCAUACAAAUCUGGCUAUGGUCUAUCCAAUAAAUUAAAAUGUGAUGGAUCGAUUCAUGGACGAUUUCAGGAAUGUGAACGUUUGGCACAUCAUACAUGGCAAGUGACCAUUGAUGAUUAUUUUUAUGAAUCAAAAAAGUUUUGCUGCUUCAUCUGGCAAACACUUGAUUGUGAAAUUGGUGUUGCUGGACAAUGCGAUAAAGAAUAUUCUAAGAAACUCGAAACCAGCACCGAAGAAUCAUAUAAAUCAAUGUGUGAUAAAGUCGGUUCAAGUCGUGGAUCAACAUCAUGUUGGUUGACACAAGAUAGACAAGAAACAAUUGCUUGGAUAGUCGGAAUCAUAAUUUUCAUCUUAACAUUGGUCUGUGCAUGUUUGGGAAUUCGAAUUUAUCUUAAUAGUACUGCUAAACCUAAAUUAGAAAUUAGCGAACCAUUCGAAACAUUGAAUUACAGGAAGGAAGCGCAAGCAUUUGUUGAGAAAAACUAUUGCCGAGUUGUUGGCCACUUAAGAUCACAGAAACAUGUCUCGCCUCCAAAACCACCACGAAAAACUCGAGGAAACAUAUCAUUUUUACAUCCUGAUGGGGGUAGUCCAAUAACGGAUUCAUCAAGUGUUCCAAAGAAUAUUUCUUUAUUGACUGAGACAGAACGAUUACAGAGAAUUACCCAACACUUUGAUCCUCUACUAAAAAUGUAAAGAUGAUUGCUGGUGGGUAGUGUUGAUUUGUUCAAUGAA